CUUCGCCUUCCAGAAAAAGGAAAAACCCUCUCGUCCCGCCGGCCACCCAGCCUAGGGUUCUUCCUUCCCGCCGCCGCCUCGCUGCUCCAGACUCGCCUCCACGCCACCCAGAAUUUGAGAUUCAUCCGCUGUUGUCUAGAUGCCUCACAAGGAGCCAAGGACCGCUGUUUCGAUUCGCUGAUUCGUUUGUUUGCUCUGCAAUUGGACUGAAUUUUAGCUGUCAACGCUAAGAACUAGCAGACUCACUGCCAGUUCUACUUCAAAGCCAUGGCGGAGGAAACCAAUGGAAAGAAGGAGGAGGAGGAGGAGUUCAGCACAGGUCCUCUGUCAGUGCUCAUGAUGAGCGUCAAGAACAAUACCCAGGUUCUUAUCAACUGCCGGAACAACAAGAAGUUACUUGGUCGUGUGAGGGCAUUUGAUAGGCACUGCAACAUGGUUCUUGAGAAUGUUAGGGAGAUGUGGACUGAGGUACCAAAAACCGGUAAAGGCAAGAAGAAGGCUCUUCCAGUGAACAAAGACAGGUUCAUAAGCAAGAUGUUCCUCCGUGGUGAUUCAGUUAUCAUUGUUCUCAGGAACCCAAAAUGAGUCUCUUGCACAUGAGAUCUUUGCAAGUAGUAAAGUGCUAUGAAUUAGUCUGUAUGCCAACUUGUAGCAUGGGAUUGCAUUAGACGACAAUUCCUGAGCCAGAAUUAGCUGUGUAUGUCAAUGGUGGAGGGUGGUUGUUGGAUGCUAUGAAUUGGUUUUACCUCUUGUAACUGAAUUAAAUUUUUAGUUUAUUUUUGGAAUACUGGCAAUUCCACCGUUUGAAUUGGCUGUCAUUCGAGAAUAGUAAUUACCAAGUGACCUGAGUGCCAGUA